AUGGGCACAGGGAAGAAGAAAAUAGAGAUCGAGAAAAUUAUAAAGGAAACUUCUAGAAUGGUUACAUUCUCGAAAAGACGAAAAGGACUUUUCAAAAAAGCUAAACAAUUUGAAUCCAUGACGGGUUCUCGUGUUGCUUCAAUUGUAUUGUCACCCACAGGAAGGCCUUAUACUUGUGGAGACGUUGAUUAUGCUAUAAGAACACAUUUUUCUAAUAGUGGCAGAUGUAUGAAAUUAUUAAUAACAGACAUGAAUUUUCACGAUUCUAAUUCUGAUUCUAAUUCUAGUUCUAAUGUUGUUGUUUAUGGCGAAACUUCGAGAUCAAAAUCAUCUUCGACUCCAAAGAAGAAUAGUCUCCACAAUUGGGUGAAGCGUAUAGAUGUUGAACAAUGUCAAAAUUUGAAUCGACUCUUAAUGUUGAAACAACAAUUGGAAGGGACAAAAGAAAAAAUCGCUGAAGAUGUUGAGUCAUUUAAAGCUUUUUUUGUGUAA